AUGGAUCGGUUUGUUGAAGUGAUUAAGCAGAAUCCCUCUGAUUUGCUUUCAAAUGAUUUCAUAGAGUCAGACAUACCUCUUUCUAUGGUUAAAACCUAUUUAGAUGAUGUUAUUAGAUUAUCUAGACAACUUGGCAAUGAGAAAGGUUGUGUUAUUGAUGAGGUAGUGGUAGAAGGUUUGGAUGCAAAUCAAGUUUGGCUACAGGCUAAAAUUGUACUGGAGACUGUUGAGGUUGAUUUGUUGCAAACUAUUAGCAAAUUAAGAGAUGCGAUGACUGGCGAUAGUAGCGACGAGGAGUCAGAUGAAAGGAUAAAUGAAACAGAUUCAAGCGUAGAUAUAGAUAAUUCAAGAUACGAGAGUGCCGAGGAAGGUACAAAUCAUAGUCCUAGUCUGUCCGAUGGCCACUUGUCCUCACAUAGUGCUGAAGAGAGUGAAGUGGACGAUGAUGAAGAAGAAAAGGAAGCGAACGAGGACAAACCCACUAUGCAUAAGGAUCUUUCCAAGCAAACCGGAAAAGAUGUACAGGAUGAUGAAAAGCUUGAACAUGAAUUUGAUAAGUACGGAAUUAACGAUAGAUUUUUUGACCUGGAGGAGUUUAAUCGGCGAACAUUAGAGGCCGAAGACAGCAAGGGUGGACUACCGGAAAACAGUGAUGAAGAAGAUAUCGAUUAUUUCGGGGAUGUACCUUCUGAUGACGAGGAGGAAGUCUUAUAUUAUGAUGACUUUUUUGACAAUCCUGAAGUUCAAAAACAUGGAGGUGUUCGUACGGAAAAGGAGCAAUUUGAAGAUGGGGAAAUGGAUGAAUUAGCAUACAAUGAAGCAAUGGAAAGCGCAAAGCUAGAUCUUUUUGCAGAAUCGGAUGAUGAGGAAGAAGAUGUUGUUGAGACCAAGCCUGAAAAGCUUUCUACAUAUCAAACUCAACAGUUAGAAAUACAAAAACAGAUCGAACUGUUAGAAAAGGAAAAUAUAGCAGAAAAAAAGUGGGCACUGAAGGGUGAGGUUAAAGCAAAAGAUCGUCCUGCUGAUGCGCUUUUAACAGAAGAACUCGAGUUCGAUAGGACUGCGAAGCCUGUGCCGGUAAUAACAAGUGCAAUUACCGAAUCCCUAGAAGAUAUGAUUAGAAGAAGGAUUAAAGAUAUGAAUUUUGAUGAUCUACCUAGAAGGGUUGUUUCAAAUGUUUCUACGAGAACGCCUAAACCAAAAUUCGAGCUAAGCGAUGUUAAGUCAUCAAAAUCUUUAGCCGAAUUAUACGAGGACGAUUAUAAUGGGAAUAAAGCGGAGACAAAAAUUUCUGAAGAUCUUCAGAAAGCACAUGAUGAAAUUUCCGAACUGUACAAAAGUUUGGUGUACAAGUUAGAUGCUCUAUCUUCAGCGAACUUUAUCCCAAAGCCAGCUCAAAAGUCUCUAGAUAUAAAGGUCCAGAGUGCGGCUAUUUCUAUGGAGGAUGCGCAACCAUUAGCGGUGUCUACAGCUUCUAUUUUAGCUCCACACGAAAUUUACAGGGUUGGCAAAUCCGAAAAUAAGAACGAAAUAACUUUGAAAAAUGGUACCGUUAUGUCUAGGGAUGAAUUAGCGAGAUCCGAUAAAAACAGAUUACGCAGAGCAAUCAAGAGGAAGAGAGCCAAUGCUGCAUCUAGUAGGGAUCACAAAGAAAAGAAGUCUAAAAAAGAAGACGUCCUUGAAACCCUAUCCAAAGCCAAGAAUGUCACAAUUAUUAACAAGAGAGGUGAGAAACAAGAUAUCAAGGGUAAUAAAAAGCAAUCUCCAUCGACUAAUGUUAACUUUAAAUUAUAA